GAGGCUGUUCUAAUAUUUAACGGCAAACUGUUCCAAAGUCUCGGAGCCAUCACUGAAAAAGCACGAUCGCCCCAUCAUUUACGUUUUCUCCUUAGGGACAGUCAAAAGUUUCUGGAUGAGUCGAGAACUGAAUGAAACGGAAGAAAAAAAUCAGACUGAGAAAUGUCAUGAUGAUAUGGCUGGGGAAAAAUCUUUUAGUUACUCUCAGACUCGUAAAAGAGAAACUAGAAAGCCUAAAGUCCAGAUGAGAGUUCACACUGAAGAGAGACCUUCCACCUGUCAACACUGUGGAAAGAGUUUCAGUGGAAAACAAAGCCUUACAAGCCACUUACGAAUCCACAAACACAAACCUUAUACCUGCAAACAGUGUGGGAAGUGUUUCAAACUAAAAAGAUGUGUUAAGACUCACAUGAGAAUUCACACCGGAGACAAUCCUCACACCUGCAAACUGUGUGGGAAGAGUUGCACAUCAAAUGCUCGUCUGAUGUCUCACAUGAUCGUUCACACUGGAGAGAAGCCUCACACCUGCAAACUGUGUGGGAAGGGAUUCACAGAAAAUAGCCAUCUGAUGAUUCACAUGAGAGUUCACACCGGAGAGAAGCCUUACACCUGCGAACUGUGUGGAAAGAGUUUCAAACGGAAAAUAAGCCUUAAGCAUCACAUAAGUAUUCACUCAAGAGAGAAAUGUUUUAGAUGUCAUGUGUGUGAAACAAGUUUUGCUGACAGGAAUCACCUUAAGAAUCAUGUACAAAAUCACAUUGGGGAGAGGCCUUGCAUGUGCCAUCACUGUGGAAAAAGUUUCACAAUCAAAAAAUAUCUUCAGUCUCACAUAAAAAUUCACACAGGAGAGAAGCCUUUCACCUGCCCUCAGUGUGGAAAGAGCUUCAUGUUUAAAGGAAAACUUAAGGUGCACAUAAAAAUUCACACUGGAGAGAGGCCUUACAAGUGUCCUCAGUGUGAAAAGAGCUUCACAGUUAAAGGAAGCCUUAAGGAACACAUUAGACUUCACACUGGAGAGAAGCCUUACAAGUGUGUUCAGUGUGACAUCAGUUUCACAUAUAACAAAAGCCUGAAACAGCAUUUGCAAACUCAUUCUGGAAAGAAUUCCUCAUUUCCCAUGUGACAAAAGGUUUAGAAAUAAUGCAUUCACUCUGGAGAAAGACAGUUCAAUUGUGAUUGGUGUAAUAAAAACAGCAGACUUACAAAUAUAUGAAAAGUAAUUUAAAUGUGAACCUGUUUGUUCUUUAUUAAAAGAAA